GGGAUCGGGGUUCUGGGGUGGCCCCUAUGCCCCCCAGAUUCUCCCUCACGAGGGCCUGGGGAUGCAUUUCUGCCCCCCCCCCCCCCGCCAUCCCUAUAAUUAAAAAUGGUUGGAAUUGCACAGCGAGGCUGGACGGUUCAACAGUGGCAUGGAGGGAUUUUGGGAUCAGGCUCUCGCGUGUGGAGGCACCACAGGCAGCUCCUCGCCCCGGUGCCGCCAUGGACUGGUUCCACUGCAGUCGCUGUUUCCGCCAGGACGGCGCCCGGUUCGCCAUCACCAGCUGCGGCCACAUCCUGUGCGAGGGCUGCGGGGGCACAGGUCCCUGCUCAGUCUGUGGCACCACCUGCCGCUACCUGCCCCUGUCCGAUCAGAUGCGUCCACAGGAGAAGGUUUUCUUCAAGAACCCGGUGGCCCUUGCCCUCAAGCACCUUGCCCACAUCACGCAGGUGUGGCGGUUCCAGAGAGCACAGACGCAGCUUCUGGUGGACUUGCACCGGGACAGAACUCGGCGGGUGCAGGCAGAGCUGGAGAAGGCCAGAGAGGAGUUGGGGGAGAGGAGGAGGGAGCUGGAGUCACUUCGCCGGGAGAAUGAGGAGCUGCGCCGCAUGCAGCUCUCCCCAGGCUGGCGCUGGAGCAGCCGCAGCAGCACCCCGCGUCCCUCCCCCACACAUUCAGUCACCCCCCAGCCCCGCCGGCAGCUCAGCAGUCAAGUGGUCAGCCGCUUGGCCCCACUGGACCCCCCCCAGUCCCGCAGCACACCAGGAUGGCAGGCUGGCGUAGCCUACAGAAAUUCAGGGACCUCUCUGGCCUCCAGUGUGGUGCCCCCCCUGGCUGGGACAAGCGAGGGACAGGUACAGGGGGCACUGGGAGGAACUGGGAGGGACUGGCGGCCUUGGGAUAAACUGGGAGAAGCAGAGACGGGAAUCUGGGGGGACUGGGAUAAACUGGGAGGGACUGGGAGGGAUAUAGGGAGCUCCAGGAGGGACUGGGGAGGGGGUUCCUGGGAGGGACUGGAAGCGGGAAUUGGUUACUGGGAGAGAAAUUGGGUUCCUGGGAGCACUGGGAGGGGGUGUUUGGGUUACUGGGAGGGGGGGCUUGCUGAUACUGGGAGGACCCCAGCUCCACCCCCUCCUUCUUGCCCCUCCCUCAUCCCACCCCUUUUCCUCCUCAAUCAAGACAAAACUUCCAAAUGCAAUACCUAUUCCCCAAAUUCAGAGGCCACCCUCCCCAAAUUCGGUAACCCACCCACCCCCCCCAGAAUUCAGUAGCCACUC